UUAAUCUUUUAUUAACCAGGCAGAUAAUUUUAAAACCAUUUCUUUGUGAAUUACUAAUAUAUUUGAAUAAUUGUUAAUCAACAAUUGUAUAACGAGAUUUUUUGUUCCAUUAACAACACUGAUCUGUAGAUAUCAAAGUUGCUAUUGUCACGGUUUUUGGGGAGGUUCUCAGUGGUUACAAGUUGUUUUCUCUAGGGGAUUUACUUAAGUGUUUUGAUUUGUCCGAGUUAAAAAUUACACUUGCAAGAUGGAUAACGAAGGAGUUACUCCAGCAUAUAUGAAGCUGUCUCAAAUUAAGUUUGCUUUAAGCCUACCAGAAUAUAAGACUGACCUUGCCUUAAAAGAAGAACUUAUUAAUGGUAUUAAAGCUGGGAAUAUGGCACCUUAUUAUCGGGAGGUCUGCAAUGACCUUGGAUGGGUAAUGGACGAAACUUUAUGUGCACAUAUGGCAAAAAAUAAUGAAGUACGGUUGGCAGAACUAGAAAAAGAACAUGAAAAUUCAGUUAUUGAAGAUGAAGAGCAAGUUAGCGGUCUGUGGCAGGCAAAGUUGGACUAUUUGUGUAGCAUUGGGGACAAGGAAAAUGCUAGCGCAUUAGCUAACAGCAAGUUACAGGACAAAACAGUUCCUAAGACUCAUCGUAUCGAUGCCGUUUUUGCAUUAUUUAGGAUAUCGUAUUUCCACGGUUGCGAUAUCAAAGGAAUGUCUGCAGCAAUCGAAAAAGCAACCGAACUCAUCGAAGGGCAAGGGGAUUGGAGCUCUAGGAAUAAAUUGAAAGCAUAUGAAGGAGUGUGGAGUUUCGCCGUGAGGGAUUAUUUGCGUGCUGCAAAGCUAUUUGUUGAUGUUGUCCCCACAUUUGAAUCAUACGAGCUUGCUGACUUUGGGACAAUUAUUAAAUACACAGUACUUUCGUGUAUGAUAGCGUUGCCCAGGUGCGAGUUGAAGAAGAAGCUGAUGCACCAUGGCGUGAUGGCCCAGGCACUUCACUCUCAAUAUAGAAACUUGAAGGAGUAUUUCCAGUCACUUUACGAUGGCCACUAUGCAGAAUUCCUAGUCGCGCUAGCUCAGGUGGAAUCCGAUAUGAAACGUGAUCCUCUACUUCAUCCGCAUUAUCGCCACUAUGUGCAAGAAAUGAGACUUAGAGCUUAUAAGCAAAUCUUGCAAGCAUAUCGUUCACUCUCUUUAGAUUAUAUGGCGGAAGCGUUUGGUGUUUCCUGUGAAUUUAUUGAGCGUGAAGUAGCCAAAUUCGCUGCUUCAGGGCGUCUGCAAUGUAAAAUCGAUUCUGUGGCUCGUUCUGUAAUCACAAGCGUCCAUCUCAGUGACGAAGCUCUCCGUGUUAAAGAUUCAUCUGAUCUUGAUCUCGAUCGCUCUCUCCUGUAUAAGACCACUGUCAAGAGGGGGGACAUUCUGCUUAAUAGACUGAAAAAGUUGGCCAGGGUUAUGGAUUUUUAGAGGAGUUUUAUUUGAAAUUAUAUGUAAUAUAAGCUAUUGUAUUUUGUUUACUAAAUAAUAAAUCUUUUCGUUUGUAUAUUUUCAGUUCUUUGUAACUUACCUUUAACAAUAUACUUAUGAUUAACUGAAUUUUAAAUGCAGCCGAACUUUUCUGUAUCAAACAUGAUGGUUCUUUUAUAAGAAAUGUGCGGAAACAUUGCAAUUUUCAUUCUAGUCAUAUUAAAAAUUACUAAAUCAUGGUUUCUUUAAAUUCUUGCUACAAAUCUUGUUCUUACUUAAAAUAUUACAUCUUUCUUUUUCAUUCCACUUCUUACAUCUUUUAUUAAAAUCAAACAAACUUUCUUAUUUGCUUAAUUAUUUUGAUUUAGGAACCAUGUUCAGUACAAGGAAUACAUAUUUAAAAUUAAAGUUUAUCUUUAUUUUAAACAAUUUAUGAUGGUUUUUCUAAUGGUACAUUGCUGGUUUAUUGCAAAAAGUCACUAAGUACAUUUUUGAUGGAGCUAAACUUUUAAGUACUUUUUUUUAAAUAUUGCUAUUAAACCACAGUUAGUACACAAAUCCUUUUAUUUAUCAAAUACAGUUAAAAUUAGCAAACAAUUUUCUGAUUUUACAAAGGGAUUUAAUGUUACAAAAUAUCAAUUAAUGAGUUUGGUAUUAAUCGAUGAUAUUGUAAUGAAAUGAAAAUAUAUUUUAUUAUUCUGGGACUGUUGUCCCUUUAGAACAAAUUAUAAGUGCUAAAUUCAUGUUUAAGUUAUAAAUAGAGUAGAUGUUUACAAUAUGGUUAUUUAAAAGUAAAAAUACAGACGGAAAGAGAGAUAAGACAUAAAAAGCGUACAUAUACAUACAUAAUAAUCGUACAUAAAACGUACAUGAUGCAAACAGAAUAGUAGUCUUGUCACUAAGCCUGGCUGUAUAAAAAAAAAUAAAUAGGAGUCAUAUUUAGGAUUAAUAAUAAUUAAAAAUGCAAUGUUAUGAUAUACAUUUAUAUGAACUAUUUAUUUUCUUAAAUUACAUACAAAUAAAAAUAUCAUAAGAACACAUAGAAUUUUCACAUAUAAAGUACUUAUUGGUCUUUAAAUUUUUUUUCAUUUGCAAUACACAGCAUAGCAAAUGAUAGAGUAUUUAUUUAGUGCAAUAUUCACCAUGAGUACAUUUAUCUAAACGAAAGAUUAAAAGAUUUCUUAUUUUAGAUCUUUAUUUUUUAAAGAUCUAACAAAGAACUGCAAAUAUAAAGACAACUUCGUCAAACAUCAAGAGCGUAAAUAGUACUUCAAUAUGUGUGAAAAUAACAACAAAUGAUUUAAAUUUCUUUAAUGCUCAUUACGUUUACAUAUAUACAUUUCCAUAUAACAUUUUUAAACAUAGAUGAAACUUGUGCUGAAUGUAUAAAUUGUAUUUUUAACAUUCCAUAAUACUUUUCUGGUCCCAGGUCAUCGAGUGUUAUUUUACCUUGAAAAAAUUGCUAAAUUAUAACUCUCUCUCUCUCAUAGGACAAAGAUCACAUCCAUCUUCACCUCUGGUUCGAAGACUUGGGUGAUCUCUAAGGCCUCAGAAAGGAACCUACUCGCAUGGGAGAGAAGGGUUCUCCGCAGGAUCUACAGUCGGGUGUGUGAAGAUGGGCAGUGGAGAAUUCGCACCAAUAAAGAGCUGCACAAGAUCUAUGCAAGGCUGGAUUUGAUCUCAAUUGUAAAAGUAACCAAAUCACAUGGUUGGGCAUGUGGCAUGUAAGCCUAGGGAUAACAUUCCCAAACGCCUUUUGGAUGAUCGACCUGGUGGAAGACGUAGCAGAGGAAGACAUCCUGAAAAGAAUGGAAAUCCGGAGUUGAAGAAUGCUCGCCUGAGAUAGAAAAGACUGAAGAAGAAUAACAACAGAGACCAUGGUUCAUGUAGGACCAUAGCGCCAAAAUAUAAAUAAAAUGACCACCGGGUAGUGCUAUGGUUGCUCAUAUUUGCCGAUAGAUGGUUCUGCCAUUUUGACAUAUUUCAAAUAUGUUAUUCCACAGUACUUGAUUACUGUAAUCACAUUCGAAACACCGAUCUUAACUUCACUAUUAAAGCAAAAUGAUUAUGAGAGAGGCCUAGAAAAUCUUAUGAUUUUCCAUUUUAUUGUUUCAAUUAAAAGCAUAAAGUUAGUUAUCCACAGUUUUCUUUAUAUUUUAAGAUUUAAUUUUCUAGUUAUUAGAAAUUUUUAAGUAGAAUAUUCAUCACUGUUGAACAAAUCAACUUUCUUAGUAUUCAAGAUCUCUCAGAUGGAUUGUGUAUGUUGGAUGAUUAAGGGACUUUUCAUCAUAAGCAGGAAUAUUGUAAUCAACGAGCAAGUAUAUUUUGUUUUUGUUCAACAAGCACAGAAGAUCAAUAUACAAUUAAAAAGAAACACGAACUUUGUUAUGUAAUGAAAUUGUAAAAGACCUAAUUUGUAAAUUGAAAAGUAUUAGUUUUAUAAACUAAACAGAAUUAACAGUACAACACAUCCCAUAUCUGUAAUUCAUUAUUUUAUUUUUAUGUAUAUGAAUUUAACUUAUACUUGUAUUCUUUACUACAUAAGUUAAUGUAAAAAUUUAGUGUAAUAUAAGUGGUUAUUUUUAUUUCUCUUAAAUGUUGUUUGUGAUUUUGUAAAAUAUAUAAUAAAUAAACUUGUGUAAAAGUUUUAUAUAUUACAACCCAAAUUUACUACAAAAAAUAAAAAAUAAAUAAAAUUUGAACUUCAGAGUGUUUAUUUUUCUACCUUUCUCUUCUUUGAUUCAAAAAGAAAAAUAAUAGAAGUAAAUAACGAUAAACUAAGCGAUGAGGAUAUAAA